UUGAAAUGUUCAGAGCAAUUACUAGACACGGGCAUAAACUCAAAAGUUUGAGAACUCUCCCUAGAUCUGUCAGCAGACCUGCCUACAGAGCAUUCUGUUCAACGGAAGAGAUAGAAAGAGAUGAAAUGGAGUAUGAUGUAGUCAUUGUUGGAGCUGGACCAGCCGGUCUUUCUGCUGCUAUUAAGCUCAGACAACUUUCUGAGGAUAGAGAUGAAGAACUUAGCAUCUGUGUAUUGGAGAAGGGAGCUCAAGUCGGAGCGCACAUCCUUAGCGGAAACUGAUUCAACCCACACGCACUAAAUGAAUUGAUCCCUGAUUGGAGAAAUGAUGAAACAUGCCCACUUGAGACUAAAGUCAGUGAAGAUAGAUUUAGUAUUCUCUUUGAAAACAAAAGCAUCAAUGUUCCUGAAAUGUUCCUUCCUAAAUCUAUUCGUAACCAUGGUAACUACGUAUGUGGCCUUGGUGAGAUUGUUGAAUGGCUCGGAGAAAAAGCAGAGGAGGAAGGCAUUGACAUCCUCCCUGGCUUUGCAGGAAGUGAAAUCUUCUACAAUGAAGAUGGUAGCGUUGGAGGAGUCAUCACAAACGACUUCGGAGUCGCCAAGGAUGGAACCCAAAAAGAUACCUUCAUGCCAGGCAUGAUAGUUAAAGCAAAACAGACUAUUCUUGCUGAAGGCUGCAGAGGAUCUUUGUCUCAACAACUAAUCGAGAAGUUUAAUCUUGAUGGAAACGUAGUAAAUAAACAACAGUAUGGGAUAGGAAUUAAAGAGGUCUGGGAAGUCGACAACUCAGAGUUCAAGCCAGGACUUGUUAAGCAUACUGUUAACUGGCCUCUUGGUCCAAAUGUCUACAGCGGAACUUUCAUGUAUCAUGUGAAGCCAAACAAAAUCCAUGUUGGUAUGGUUGUUGGGUUAGAUUACAAAGACCCAUACUUGAAUCCUUACGAGGAGUUCCAAAGGUUUAAAACUCACAAAAAUAUUAGCAAAUAUUUCAAGAACGGAGAAUGCGUUGCUUAUGGAGCCAGAGCACUGAACGAAGGAGGAUAUCAUUCUCUUCCAAAGCUCACAUUCAAAGGAGGAAUGCUCACUGGAUGAAGCGCAGGAUUCCUCAAUGUUGCUGAAAUUAAGGGAACGCACCAUGCAAUGAAGUCAGGAAUGGUGGCUGCCGAAACUAUUUGGUCAAAAUUGGAGAAAGAUGAGGAUAUCUCUGGAAAAGAACUGACUGAGUACGAAACAUCAAUGCAAGAUUCUUGGGCAGUUCACGAUCUCAAAAAGUGGCGUAAUUUCAAGCUCGGUUUUAAGAAGAAUUUGUGGUUUGGAUUAAUCCAUGGGUUCCUCCUCAAUUUCACACAAGGUAGAGAGCCUUGGACUUUGAAGAUUGGAAAUAAAAAGGAUCAUGAAUAUACUGAGCCAAAAUCCAAGUUCAAACCAAGGAAGUAUCCAAAGAAAGAUAAUAAGCUCACCUUUGAUCUCCUUACCAACCUUGAGAGAUCAGGAACUGAUCACGAUCAUGAUCAGCCUUCCCAUCUAAAAAUCAAAGAAGGAAUGGAGGAUUGGGCGCAAAAAUCCUACGAUAUCUACGGAGCUCCAGAGGACCGUUUCUGCCCAGCUAAAGUAUAUGAGCAUAUCAAAGACGAAGAGACAGGAGAGAUGAAGUUACAGAUAAAUGCCCAGAACUGCGUGCAUUGUAAGACCUGUGAUAUCAAACCUCCAAAUAAUUAUAUUCGUUGGACAACUCCUGAAGGAGCUGGAGGUCCUAAAUAUCCAGGAAUCUAAAUUCCAUUAUAUAGCUUCAAUUAUAUGA